GCUGCCACACGAAAAAAAGCCUCCUGUCAUAUGAAGCUGUCACUCGCUCUAGUCCUGCUGCCCGUCGGCAAUGCGUUCGUGGCGCCGCGCGCCGCCGCGCCGUCCCUCGCGCGGUCCACGACGGAGGACGUCGAAGCCGAAGCGCCGCCCGCUGCUUCCGACGACAGCCCGCUGACGACGAUCCCGUCGCGGACGCGCAAGCCGCGCAAGCCCGCGUCGCUCAACGGCUGGGUGCCCGACUACGAGGCCUUCUGCUACGGCCUGCCCGGGUCGCUGGCGCCGCUGGGCGACUUCGACCCGCUCGGCUUCUCGCAGCGCGGCGUGCCGCUCAACGACGUGCGGCGCUACCGCGAGGCCGAGGUCAUGCACGGCCGCGUGGCCAUGGUCGCGGCCGUGGGCUACCUCGCCGGCGAGGCCGCGAGCCCCGUGGUCUGGAACGGCGCCGUGACGGGCCCCGCGAACGACCAGCUCGCGCAGAUCCCGGGGCCGCUCUUCGGCGUCCUCACGCUCGCCAUCGGCGUCGCCGAGACCUUCCGCGCGAAGCGCGGCUGGGUCGAGCCCAGCGCCGACGAGCUCUUCGAAUUGCGGGCAUCCUAUUACCCGGGCGACCUGGGCUGGGACCCCGCGGGCCUCAAGCCGCGCGACGCCGCGGAUUUCGCGACGAUGGCCACGAAGGAGCUCCAGAACGGGCGCCUGGCCAUGAUCGGCGUCGCCGGCAUGUGCGCCCAGGAGCUCGUCAACCACAAGACCAUCGCCGAGACCGCCGACUUCUACGCCAAGUACUUCUCCGGCGCGGACCCGUACUCCGCGUGAGACCUCGCGCCCGUACCUAACCGUGCGACAAGG